CCUACAUGCAAACCAAUCUAGCCUGAAUCGCGCAAAAUGAACAGGUUAUUCUUAGGGAAUCCUAGUUCAACUAUCGUUGCCUCAUAAUCAAUUGACUCUUGUAAACAUAUUUUUUUUUCUUUGCCAAUACAGCGCCAGCCUGAGUAACAAACAAAUAAUUCCUGUAAACAGGCCCUUUUUCAAUAAAUCAGAAGCAUACAGUCAGCGCCAUAUUUACCCUGAUUCACGAACAUGAGUCCUCUGUCAGCAAGUUCUUUUUAAGUGAAUCAAUAGAACAACGCAUGGGUAGCCUAUUCUACAACCAAAUGACUCCUGUGAACAGGUUCUUUUCUAAACUCCAGUUCCUGAAGUGCGUCGUUUUCCUGGUUACGUGCGUGUUGUGUUGUGUAUAUCAAAUUAUGGCCCUGGGUGUGAAAAUGACCACGUCAAAGACUUCCAAAGAGACUACGAGACAAACGUGCUCCAACAUGCAGCUCAAGGAUACCAAACAAAAGAGUAAAAGGAGAGUUGAGAAGGAGGAUGUGUGCAGUGCUUGGGAAUGUUCUGAUUCAGAUACGGGAAUCUACGACAAUGCAUUUCACAGACAAAAGAAGUUUCAGCACAAAAAAUGCAGUUACUUAGACGAGAGGAACAUCAUUUUAUCCCCUCAUUUAGUAGCUCAUCCCAGUUUGUGUGUGUCUUCAGCAAAUGAUGCAUCGGAUGCGGUAAAGUCUAGAAGAAAAGCCUCUCAAAUCACCCGUGUCCAUGAUAAAACUCCCAACCCAGACAUAAACAUUAGCAGUGCACCGGACUCAACCUGCGCACACAUCAAUCCCAUUGAUUCUAUGACCCAAACACUCAAUGAGAACUCAAUGCAAGUCCACACUGUUGAAGUGAAUGGGAAUCUACCAAUGGUCAAUAAAGUACCGAAAUCUUCUCAGGAUGAAACCACAGUUUGGCGAUGUUCAGAGUUUGUCUCGGAAAAUCAUGAAAGAAAAAGUCCUAAAGUGCUUUGGAAAAAGACAUCUGGACAGAAGCUUCAAUGGUGCCGUGAGCAAUUGGGCAAAGCGGGCCACAAUGGUUUAUCAGCACUUUCCAGUGGUUUACAGACCACAGACAGAUCGAGAGUGGUGAUCCAGAGAACAGCGAAAGGUUAUAGAAGGGUUCUGUUGAGGGCCAGCCGUGGGGAACGGAAGCACGAAACGUGGGCGAAUCACAAAGAUGUGCACAGUAGCUUUUACAGCCUGUCAGGAUUACAAAAUCAGUAUGAAUGCCUCUGUAGUUCUUUUCAUCUGCGGAUGAGACACAGUCCAGGAGGAGACCUGCGGGACACCACUAACAGACAACAGCAAGGGCAGAAGACUGAGUUUGCAGGUGCAUAUGGGGACAUUCGCUGUCAAUCUGAAUGGCCAAAGAUCAUCAAAUCUCCACGCCACGUCACUUUCUCUCAUAUUUUACAGGUUCUCCAGAGCAAAGCAGCCAAUUUCCCUGAGGUCAAGAGUCAGAAAUGCCGCAGGACGGUUUAAACGUGUUCAAUAUUAGAUGUCAUUUUCCGCUUUUAUGAAGUGCUCGUCAAAGAACACACAACAGGCUUUAGGAUUUUUAUUUUUUUUUAUUCAAACUUUAGAUCUCAUCAUCUCUACAGUGUAAAAGGUCAUGAAUUCCAAGCCCCAAAGGACUCAAAGAGAUGGAUUUGGUAGGAAAUCCAUUCUGGAGUUUUGAAAUAAACCAUUUGGGAGUGAUUUCCGAGGUGGAAUGGAGAAGAGGAUAUAGGAAUCGGAAGUUUUAAAAGCUUCUGUGGUCGAAAGAAUGACUUUUUACAACAGAAAACGAUAGGCGGAACUUAAAUAAACACUAUUUAAAAAAACCCCCAAAAAUAUCAAUUUGGUAAACAGUAAACCAGCGUGAUACUACAGCUAGGAUUCAAAGAAUAUCAAUGAUAAAUACAGUACAAUAUGUACUUACAGUAGGCCAACAAACCCAGCACAAACAUAAGAAAAUAAACAUCGAUAAUCUCUGACAAAAAAAGUAUAGUCAUGUGCAUUUACACUGUACACGCCGAUCACGUUCAGUUAUCAUAUUUAGGCUUGUUUUUUUUUUUCAGUGCAGCUAUCCCAGAUUUCUCAAGUGCUUUAGCAAUAAUAUACCAUUUAUCACACCUAUAUAUAUGUAUAUAUUGAUUUAAAAAUAAAUUAACACCAUUUGUGGGGCAGUCAUAUGGGAAUUUUCUCAUGAGAUGUGAUGAAUCACAUUAUUGCUGUUUUAAGGACUGGUCACAUCAGCAGGACAUUUUACUUUACAAAGGGGAACCAUUUACUGAAUUAAUCACCAACGGCUAAAACCCUUAAAAGAAUAUUCUGGGUCAUGAACUGACUCUGUGGGUAAAGCUGCAAUCGCACUAGAGUUUGUGCUUGUAAAGUUCUGUCAUAUGGCGCUGCGAAAAUGGCUGGGUUAAAACAAUAUGAUUAGAGGGUGAUAAAAGCAAGUGAUUGCUUCAUAUUUUCAAUUUCUGUCAGAGAGGUCACUUUGAAGCAGUUUCGCAGGUCAGAGUUCACCAAGAAUGUAAAACUUGCAAAAGUCUAUAGCACAAAAAGUGCAGUGUGACCGCGGCUUUACGCGUACAUUAAAAGUCCACAAGUUGAGUGAAGCCUCUGAUACUAUUACAUGAAAUUUAUACAGUAUUUGGCAAUUGGAACUAAUUUCGUUCCAUCAUGAGGGGAGUUUUUUACUCUGUUUUUAUUCUGUCCCUCAGAUCAAAUACUACUGUUGAGUCAGAAUAUUAUCGUUAUCAAAAACAACAAACUGUUUAAAAUAAUAUGUAAAUUAUAUUUAAAAAAAAAGAAACUGACUGGAAUAUUGAAAAAAAAAACACUACUGUUGAUUAUAUUGUAAUAAUGACUUCAUGUAAGUUUGAUUAACAGUAUGCACAUUAAAAAAAA